AUGGCCCAGGCUCGCUCCGCGCGCCUAAGUCCUGGGCCGGGGCGCCCGGCUCACUCCGCGCGCCUAAUCGCUCCGCGCGCCUAAGUCCUGAGCCGAGCGGAGAGUGGCAUCCCCAGCACUCAAUCGGCCCUUCUUGCCUCGUCGUCGUCACGUUCUACUCGUCUCAAGUGUCUCGCCUGUCGCAGCCCUUCGCACCGAGUCGCGGAGUGCCCUACGAGGGCGCAACACCCGCCGCCAGGACCCUGUCGCUCCUGCAAGAAGAAGGAUCACUGGUCUCUCGACUGCAAGAAGGCGCUCGAGGACGGCAAAAAGCCCGACACCGCUGACUCGACCGUCGACUCGCAACACCAUGUCGGAUGUCUCGCCACCGGUCUUCUCGCUCGUCGUCGCCAGCUUCGCAACCACUCUUUUGUCGUCGACUCGGGCGCCACUUCGCACAUGGUCUCGGACAAGUCGCUGUUCACGACCUAUCGCCAUAUCGCUCCUACGAAGAUUGGUGGUAUUGCAGGGGGCAUCAACGCCAUCGGAACGGGAAACAUCGCCUUCAUUGCCGCCUCGGGUCAUCCGAUCACGCUUACCGGCGUGCUGCACACUCCGGGCCUGUUUGUCAAUCUUCUCUCGGUCUCUCGACUUUGCGACACCGACGAUGUCCGUGUCGCCUUCACAAAACACGGCAUCCACAUUGACAAGGACGGCAACGACAUCGCUGAAGGCGCACGACUCGACGAAGGGCUCUACUUGCUGGACGCUGAUCAUUCCAAAUGUCAGCACCUUGCUCUCCUUUCUCGCUCACAGUCGUCCGUGCCCCUGCUGACUCUCCAUCGCUGCCUCGGCCAUCUCGCACCGUCCUCCAUACAGAAGAUGGUUGCCGCUGGUUUGCUGGAGGGUCUCAGGGCCGGAUAUAGUGACGAAGAGGUAGAGAAGUUUGUCUGCAAUGCUUGCCUCAGCGCAAAGGGCCAUCGUCUUCCUUUCCCGAUUCGGAUUCGCACUCCUCAGAGAGACUCGGCCUUGUACACAGCGAUGUGCUUUCCUUCCCCGAGCGGUCCUUGACUGGCAAACGUUACCUGGUCACAUUCCUUGACGAUUACUCGCGCAAACUCUGGGCCUACGCAAUCGGACACAAAAGCGAAGUCUUCGGCAUAUUCAAAACUUGGCUAGCCGAGGUUGAACUCGAGACGGGUGCGACGCUGAAGGUCCUCCGAACCGACAACGGUGGCGAAUACUGUUCGAGAGCGUUCACAGAGUUCUUCGACAAUACUCUAUUUCGUGUCAAUCGUUCCAUUGUCGAAUUUUCCUGCAGCUUAUACUGCAAGAAGUCCUACAGGGUCACAUACAACGGUCGCGCGCUUCGACCCGAAAACGACAAAAACGCCUUUUAUGAGAUGAUCACCACUACUGUCAGGAGAAGUCGAGAGUCGAACAGAAGUGAUCUAUUUCAGCGUACCUAUGAGAUGAUCACCACUACUGUCAGGAGAAGUCGAGAGUCGAACAGAAGUGAUGAGAAGGAAGCUAAGAAAUGGAAAGGUGGCCCGCGCUGGGAUAUGCCCAGGCGCGGGCGAAAUCGCUGGAGCGCUGAGGCAGUCGCGCGCGGCUAA